UUACUUGUUUUUUGUUGUAGGCAAGUUCAGUAAAGAAGCUAGAGUCUAGUGUACUAAAACUGUUCCUAGUGUACUGUAUACAGAACAAGCAAACCGAGAAAAUCCGGGAAUUCUUCGAGAAACUGACACCAGAGUUACAGCCACUGAGUGAGUGGAAGGAUUGGUUUGCUCUACCCUACUUGAAGGAUCCGCAUGAAAAUCCGCUUUUCUCAAUAUACUUCUCCAGGCACUGGCAGGAUACACUAAUGAUUAGUUUACACAAUUUCUUCAUCCUUUGCUUCCAGUGUAUGCCACCACCUAGAUUGGCGGAUUAUUUGAAAACAGCUGCUCGAAUCAAGAUGCUUAAAGAUGAACAGAUGAGAUUGAAGCUCAAGCUAGCUCAGGCUGGUUAUGAUGAGGAUUUAAAUCUGAGUUCAGGGAAUAUAAAAUAUUUCGAGGCUCCUCCUUCGCAGGAAAUUAUGGAUGAUUUCUUCUUGAUUGCGCAAGAAGCUGGAAAAACUGACAAUCAGGUGAAAUCUAUUAAGAGUUUUCUGAAGACAAUAACUGGAAAUCGAAGCACCAAGCCCCCGAGUUCCCAGCCAGUAAUCAGCAGGGUCAAACCAACUAAUCUCAGCGUGAGUAAAACCCCCUUGAAGCGUAUAUCCCAGGCCUCGGCUAAACCCAGUAACCUCUCUUCAACCUCCACAACAUCGAACACCAGCCUCGAGAAGCAGGAGGCCAAGGAGGACCAAGUAGAUCAACUAAGUCAAGAUCAAGAUGACCUCUCUGAGAAAAGUGAAAAGGAUUUUGAAAGUAACCUCCUGAUGACGCCUGCUACUCCUGGAAGCCGAUAUUUACUCCUGGGACAGGAGGAAUAUAACGAACAUAGGAGUACUGUGUGUGCUCUCCAGGUGUCUCCGUCUGGCCUGGUUGCCACAGCUGACGUCAGUGGGGUUGUCAAGGUCUGGUCUACUGGUGCCUCAAUGCACCCAUCAACCAUAUCUACCUUUAUCUCAGCAAGUCCAGUAAGCUGCUUGGUCUGGUUGGAUGAUAGAAAACUUAUCUAUGGUACUCAUAUGGGUCAGGUCAGACUGUGUGAUGUGGAAGAUAAAUGUUUAGUCAUGGAAACCGCCUGCAAUAAGCUUACCGGUCAACCUAUCAGUGCUUUGGCAUCUAGACCAUCAGGAAGUUCCUUUUUUGUUUGCAGUGCUGGCAAAGCUCUUAUUAUUAACUCUAAGGAAAUCAGGAACUUCAGUGUAGAGGUAGAACUGGUUGACCCUGCUCUGACCGGAGUAUCAGCUGCGCACUUUAACCAUAACGGGGCAUUGCUCGUAUUUGCAACCAACAAGGGCAAGGUCGGAAUAAUGGAUUUGAACCGAAAUGAGAUCUUGGCUACGUGGUCCGGACAUCAGAAGGGUGUUAUAGGCUUAGAACUUAGCCUUGAUGAGACCAGUGUUUGGAGUUUAGGAAGGGAGGGAACACUUCUUCAAUCCAGUUUACUCCGUCCUGGAGAUAAGGUAUGGAGCGGAGAUGUAUCUACUAAGGACGGGUUUACCGGAGAUUUUGCUCUGUCUCCGGACGGAGAACAUAUACUUUACGGCUCCGACGAAGGAGCAGUUAUUUACAGGAUCGGAGACCAGGAUGGAGAGAUGACCCGUGUUCUAGGGAUACGAGGAGUUACUCCUAUAACAUCCGUACACUGGAGUUCAGUUCCACCAAUUAUUUCGAAAGGUGGACACAAGAUUCCAAUUAGCUGCUGGGAUGGAUGGUUCGCUAAAGAUAUCUACUCUGCUACAGCAGUGAAUAAAACACUCUAA